AUGGUCCACACUCCUGUCGUUAUCAUCGGCUCCGGCCCCGCCGCUCACACCGCCGCCGUCUACCUCUCGCGAGCGGAACUCAAGCCUGUCCUCUACGAGGGUAUGCUGGCCAACGGCACCGCCGCUGGUGGUCAGCUCACCACCACCACCGAUAUCGAGAACUUCCCCGGUUUCCCCGACGGCAUUGGUGGCGCGGAGCUCAUGGAGAACAUGCGCAAGCAAUCGAUUCGAUUCGGAACCGAGGUGAUCACCGAGACCAUCUCUAAGAUCGAUCUGUCCCAGAGACCCUUCAAACUGUGGACCGAAUGGAACGAUGGCCCUGAGAACGAGCCCGCUCACACCGCGGACGCCGUCAUCAUUGCCACUGGCGCCAACGCUCGCCGUCUGAACCUGCCCGGUGAGGAGACCUACUGGCAGAACGGUAUCAGUGCCUGCGCCGUCUGCGACGGUGCCGUGCCCAUCUUCCGCAACAAGCCCCUGUACGUCAUCGGUGGUGGUGACUCCGCUGCCGAGGAGGCCAUGUUCCUGGCCAAGUACGGCAGCAGCGUCACCGUCCUGGUCCGUCGCGAUCAGCUGCGCGCUAGCAAGGCCAUGGCCAACCGUCUGCUUGCCCACCCCAAGGUCACCGUUCGCUUCAACUCCGUGGCCACCGAGGUUCUGGGCGAGAACAAGCCCAUGGGUCUGAUGACCCACCUGCGCGUCAAGGACACCGUCACCGGCCAGGAGGAGGUCGUCGACGCCAACGGUCUCUUCUACGCCGUCGGCCACGACCCCGCCACUGCUCUGGUCAAGGGCCAGCUCGACCUCGACGAUGAACAAUACAUCAUCACUAAGCCCGGUACCAGCUACACCAGCCUCGACGGUGUCUUCGCUUGCGGUGACGUCCAGGACAAGCGUUACCGCCAGGCCAUCACCAGUGCCGGUUCCGGCUGUAUGGCCGCUCUCGACGCCGAGAAGUUCAUCGCCGAGCACUCUUCCGCAGAGGCCCCCGCCAACGAAACCAAGACCGACACCGAGGGCACCGGAGCCGAAUACAAGCAAAACCCUCUUCUCUAA